CCCAAUAUGGACAUCCAAAAGUCACCUAAAGAUUCUAAAUCUCUUCUGCAUGAAGAGGACCACGCACUUAUAAAAAUAGAUAAAGACAUCGCAUCAAAUGAACAAAGUGUUAACACAAAAAUUAUCGAAACUUAUUUUCAUAAAUGAAUAGAGUCUGUUGAAGAGAAACCUUUAAUAUAUAAUCUCUAUUUCACUUGAGGUGCAAAUUCAAAUCCGAGCAAGCUAAAAUAUCUGCAUAAAAUAAAUAUUACGGCUAAAAACCUAAAAAUCUAUGCUUUUGGAAUUAAAGGAAGGAAUUUUCUUUUUAAAAGAUUUCUGGAAAACCUCAAGUGAACCUUGAUAGGUAAUAUAUUCCUUGGCAUUCAGAGAGAAGUCAAAGGUAAUUUGAAAUUCUACAUCAGGAAUAUCUGAAGCAUAUUAAGCACUAAAGCUAUGAACUUCACCAUAGCAGGUUUCAAGAUAAAUCAUCCAACUUUCUGAAGGAUAGUGGGGUCUUGAUACAGUGUAAGAGAACUUCAGUUCAUUAAUUGCCAGAUUGAAGCUAAAGAUCUCAGUCCAUUGGCAAGUACAAAUCUAUCAAUUGAAAAUCUUAUGUUCAUCAAAACAGAUAUUGAUCAGGAAGAAGAGGAUGAUGAGGACUGUCAUGGCUUCAUUGAGAGGAUUGCUUCUCCAGAACUCAAGUUAGACAUCGGAGAAGUUUGAUUUUCAAAAACAAAAUCUGUGUUUUCUUUCUGUAAACCACCAACAAAAGAGGAAUAUUCCAUUGGUGAAGUGAAUAUUCUAAUUUACUAACCCCUUCCUGACCUCUAAAUUCUUUCCCACCCUUCU